UUGUUUUCCGCACACGGGGGCGUCAAAGGCAAGCCAGCGACUCUGACGUCGUCCCGCCCUCUCGUUCCUCCGGCGUGCUUAACUUUCCACAGGCUGGCGGCCUUGUACUCCAAUCCAGACUGCUGUACUGCGCACACCGGCGUGUGUGAGUGGACCGCAAAGCCCCUCGAAAUGGAUUACGAGGCCAAGGUUUACCCUCACAGUGGCGGAUACGGACGCUACAACAAACUGGUGGUGGCGUUCAGCUGGUUCCCCAGCUUCGCCGUCAUGUUCAACCUGUUCAGCGACGUCUUCUACACGGCCAUCCCGGACGCGUACCACUGCAAACCGGAUCCGCGGCUCCUUCCCUCCGCCUUCCUCCUCACCAAUUUAUCCAAGUCCGCUUACCUGAAGCUGACCGUCCCUUGGGUCAACGGCACCGGUCUGAGCCACUGCGAGCUCUACAAGUACCCUCCGAACUCCUCGGACUUAUCUGAAAGUGUUCCCCGGGAGAAGGUGAGCUGCACGGAGGGCUGGGAAUACGCUCGCCUCUCGGGGCUCCAGAGCAACUUCGUGACAGAGUGGAACCUGGUGUGCGGUGACUACUGGAAAAUUCCCCUUCAGCACAUCUGCUUCAUGACAGGAUGGAUUCUGGGAUACAUCUUCAUCGGCUCAUUGUGCGACUGGCUUGGUCGACGACGAGGAUUUCUCCUGUCCGUCACUCUGUCCAGUGUUUUUGGCAUGGCCGUAUGUCUAUCCAACAGUGCUGUGGUGUUUCUGCUGCUUCGUCUCUCUCAGGGCAUCAUGCUCGCUGGGGUCUUUUUAUCCUCGUACAUAGCAAGGUUGGAGCUGUGUGACCCUCCGCAUCGUCUCAUGGUUGCCAUGAUCAGCGGCUUCUUCGGCAUCUUUGCUGAGCUGCUGUUGCCAGGCGUCGCUGUUCUGUGUCGCGAUUGGCCGGUUUUGCAGGCUGUUACCACGUUACCUCUGCUCCUGCUCAUUUCCUAUUGGUGCUGUGCAUCAUUGUUUCCUGAGUCUCCGCGUUGGUUGUUGGCCACCGCGCAGAUCCCUGAAGUGAAGAGGAGCCUCCGGGAAUUCUCCAGCAGGAAUGGCGAGUGUUUACCAGACGAGCUCUUCCCCGGUGAAACCUUGCUGUCAGAGAUUGAUUCGGUAUUCGAUGAAGAGCGCCAGCCAAGAUGUUAUUCCAUUUUAGAGCUGCGACAGACUCGGAUUAUUUGGAAGAACUGCCUCAUCCUCAGCUUCACCCUCUUGAUUGGAACAGGCAUCCAAUACUGCUUCACCCGAAACCUGCACGCGUCUUCCACCAACUUCUACUUCAGCUACUUUGUCCGAAUCGCCACGGGAACGCUGGCCUGCAUUUUCAUCUGCUCCACCGUCAAUCAUUUCGGUCGGCGAAGUAUGCUUCUGCUCUCCGCCAUCCUCACCGGACUGUCAUCGCUGCUUCUGCUGGCACUCACUCAGUACUUGCGAGGAGGCCUGGUGCUGGUGCUUUCCAUUGUGGGUCUGCUGUUUUCUCAAGCUCUUGCCAUGCUCAGCAUCUUCUUCGCCUGCGAGGUGAUGCCUACUGUCGUGCGAGGCGGGUGCCUCGGUCUGGUGCUGGCAGCGGGCUGCGUGGGCAUGGCCGCCUCUUCCCUGAUGGAGCUCCAGAACAACGGGGGCUACUUCCUCCACCACGUCAUCUUUGCCUCUUUCGCCGUCCUCUCCGUGCUGUCCAUCAUGCUCCUACCUGAGAGCAAGCGCAAGCCCCUGCCCGACUCGCUGAAGGACGGCGAGAGCCAGCGCCGGCCGCCGCUCUUCUCGUCUCAGGUGGACAGGGUCAACCUGCCGUUACUGAGCCCCCGGCCCCAGCUGUCGGAUUACAACCCUGACAACUACUCGCGACUGGUCAGUGCCACCAGGAAGAUGCUGAGCAAAGACAGUUUGCCUUACAGGAUCGCAGUGCCGACUCAUCGCCUGCUGUCCGAUUGCGAAGCGCAGGGACAGGAGAGUGAACCGCUCAGGGAGGCGUCAUAAGACUGAGCGGUCUUCAACAAUAACAUACCCCAUGAGUUCUUUUUCACACUUGAAGUCAUCUCUAUGCCUGCUCAGUGUGUAGGAGCCAAUCAUUUCAACGGAAACAACACAACUCUGAGGGCGAAAAAACACAAUCUAUUGUAUUUGCCAUGGCUGCUUUGUGUGACAAGGCCAUACACACGGUAAGGUUUGUGAGUCAGCAAUGGUUCAUUUGUGCGCGCUUGUAGCUGGGAAGCACCCUUAACCGUGUCAGUGCUGUCGAUCAUGUGAGCUGCAGCACUUUGUCCAUUUAUGAGCAACUCAUGCACUUUUCAUUAAGCCUGAAAGUGUGACUGACCAGUGUCUCCGUUGCAGCCGAACUCUGAUUCUCAAAAGCCCCCUUAAGUUGAGCCAGUGAGACUUCUAAUGCGGUUGAAAUCAUGGUGGGAAGCUGGGCCCACUUGCAGUUGUUGUUUGGAAUUGUUGUUAUGUUAUGUUAUGUUUGUGGAACCCGCUAGAGGGCGCCAAACAAUUCGCACUGUUGAAGAAAGUCAGACAUUCUGCAUUGAUUUCUUUAUUGCGCCUAAGCAUGUUAAACACUUGCACACGUCACGGGUGUAGCUGCCAUUAUGUAGCUUCCAUCUGAUUUAAUGGUAUUCGAAUUAAAAGCACGUUUGUAUUU